AAAAGGACAAUGUCGGCAACAACUUCAUUAAAAGACAAGUUGACCAGUGCAUUACCUUCGGGGUUUCAAUGCAAAAUUCGAUACAUUCGUACUCAAGCCAAAGACUGCGAUGCUUUAUUUCCAGCAUUUCCAGGUGGUCAGCCUGAACGGACACGGUUGACCAGUCAUCUCUUGACCGUCAGCGUGGAUCCUGCCAAUGUCCCAUCAAACAGCCCUCCAAUACCUGCUGGCUCCGCCGAUGUUCUCAGCUUUGCGAUCGAGGUGUUUGUGUAUACAACGAAAUACCUGACGACCAUAUUUGUUAGCAAGAUCGAUUCGACGUCGUACAUUCCUCGACAACGGCCGUCACCGAUUCAAAGGACGGUGACGGCGUUUCUGGAGUGGCUGAAGGACUCUCAAUUGCAGAAGUUUCCUACUCGAAAAGUCGUCAUCUCGCUGUUCGCGCGAGCACAAGCUCAAUACAUUUUCCCGGGAUCAUCAGAUGAUCGAGGAGGCGCGAAAUAUAACAAACACGUGCUGGACGAUCGACAAUUGAUCAAAUGGUGGGUUCGUACCAUUGAUCCGAUCAUUUCAAAUUCAAAAUCUUCGGAGACGACAUAUCAAGGUCAUUUGACGGUACCAGGCUACGAGGGCAACGAGUUGAAACGAUCGUUCACACCAACAUCUGCAGACCCUACCAAACCGAAUUGGCUGCCUGGCAAUCCUCUCGUUGAACUGGCGCGAGCUCGUGGACUGCCUGAGCACGCUCCUACUCGAUGUCUCUUGCCACGUUUCCCCGACGAUCCCAAGGCUCGAUUUGUACUAGAGCUAGAUGAAGAGGUCGGUCUGUCUCAGGAGUCCCAAGCGACCACAGCAAGUCCGUCCAAACGCAAAGGCCGAUGGACGUCAGUACGUGAUUUGAAGAGUUUCUGGGACGCGAUGGAGUUUCGACAAGAAUGUUCAUCAGGGCGAGUUGUGGGCUUUCUCUGGCUCGUUAUCACGCCUCCGGGAAGUGACGAUGUAGAGAUCGAUGAAACGGAGCCAUCCAGCCAGAUCUCCCUCGCAGAUAUGCUGGAUGGAUCGGCCGAGAAAGAAGAAAAUCAACCCAAACAGCCAUCACGAGAUCAAUCCAAGAAGAAAAGGCCACUGACCGGACCCAUCGUUCCGCGUCCGCCCCGUCUGAAGGGUGGAUCUUCUAACCUGUCACAAUCUUCGAACAGGUCCACAGUAGGCAAAUUGGAUCUUGUCCGUGGCCUCGUCGUCACCAAAGAUGGCUACGACAAAGCUGUACAGACUCUCUUGAGUCUCGACUUUGCCAAUCUUCCUAUCGCUGUCAAAUCGACGAAGAAAUGGAUCUUCGAAGUC